GCGGCCGUCGCCGCGGAGGAGGGAGGGGGCCGUGGCGGCGGCGGCUCGGUCCGGUCCGGCCCGGUCCCGGCGAGCCAUGCGGCGGUCGUAGCUAUGCAGCGCGCCGAGCUGCGGGACGGGGAGGCGGCGGCGGCCGCCGCGGCCUCCUACCGGGUGCUCAGCCGCCUGCUGGGCUAUGGGGCCGGGCCGGAGGCGGGCGCGGCGGGCGGCGCCGUUACCGGUGCGGCGGGCGCGGGGCCAGGCGGCGGGCGGCUGCCGACGGCGGGGUUACCGGGCGGCGGGGCGCUGCGGAGCCCGCGGCCGCCGCCGCAGCUGAUGGUGUUCCGCAACGCGGCGGAGGGGCGGCCCGGUGAGGAGGGCGGCCCGGCGGCGGGAGGCGGGGGCCCGGCGGGCGGCGGCGGGGAGCUGCUCUGCCCGCGGCACCGCUGCGCCCUGGAGCCCAAGGCGGCGGCGAGGUGGGGGGCCGCCCCGCCGGGCGGGCUGGAGCUGCAGCUGGCGGCGCUGGGGCUGCGGCCGCCCGGGCUGGGCGCGAAGGGGCCGGCGGGCUGCCCCUGCCCCUGCCUCGGCCCGCCGCCGCCCGCCGGGCCCGCCGCCGAGGAGACGAGCGACGCGCUGCUGGUGCUGGAGGCGCUGGAGCCCGACGAGGCCGGGAGCUGCUCCGAGGAGGAGCCCGGUUCCCCCGGCCGCGGAGCCGCCCGAGCCGCCGGGAGAGGAGGCCCCGGCCCCGGCUCCGCGCCGCCGCCCGCCGCCCCCGGGGGAGCCGGCCCCGGCGCCAGGAAGGGCUCGUUGAAGAUCCGCCUCAGCCGCCUCUUCCGCACCAAGAGCUGCAGCGGCGGCUCGGCCACCGGGGACGCCGCCGCCGCCACCGAGGCCCGGCGCACCGGGGAGCUGCCCGCCUCGGCCGGCAGCCUGACCGACGUCUGCGGGGCCCGCGGCCGAGAGCAGGAGGCCGGCAGGAAACACAGACUGACAAGAACUCAAAGUGCCUUUUCCCCGGUUGUGUUCAGCCCCCUCUUCACAGGUGAAACAGUGUCACUAGUGGACGUGGACAUCUCUCAGCGAGGACUGACCUCCCCUCACCCUCCGACUCCACCACCUCCACCACGAAGAAGCCUCAGCCUGCUAGAUGAUAUCAGUGGGACGCUGCCUACAUCUGUCCUAGUGGGUCCGAUGGGCUCUUCCCUGCAGUCUUUCCCUCUGCCUCCGCCUCCUCCGCCCCACGCCCCAGACGCCUUCACACGGAUUGUCCCACUGAGGCCGAUGGAGGCGAUGCCCGGCCAGCCCGCCUCGCACCUACAGUGUCCGCUUUACCGCCCGGACUCCAGCAGCUUCGCAGCCAGCUUGCGAGAGCUGGAGAAGUGCGGGUGGUACUGGGGACCGAUGAACUGGGAGGACGCAGAGAUGAAGCUGAAAGGGAAGCCGGAUGGGUCCUUUCUGGUCCGAGACAGUUCUGACCCCCGUUACAUCCUGAGCCUCAGCUUUCGGUCACAGGGCAUCACCCAUCACACCAGGAUGGAGCACUACAGAGGGACCUUCAGCCUGUGGUGCCAUCCCAAGUUUGAAGACCGCUGCCAGUCUGUGGUGGAGUUCAUAAAGAGAGCAAUCAUGCACUCCAAAAAUGGGAAGUUUCUCUACUUCCUCCGAUCCAGGGUUCCAGGUCUCCCUCCAACGCCUGUCCAGCUCCUGUAUCCAGUCUCCAGGUUCAGCAAUGUCAAAUCCCUCCAGCACCUUUGCCGCUUUCGGAUCAGGCAGUUGGUCCGAAUAGACCACAUCCCCGAGCUCCCGCUGCCCAAGCCCUUGAUCUCCUACAUCCGCAAGUUUUACUACUACGACCCGCAGGAGGAGGUGUAUCUGUCGCUGAAGGAAGCUCAGCUCAUCUCCAAACAGAAGCAGGAGACCGAAUCCUCCACGUAGCGAGGCUGCCUCGCCCAUCUUGUUGCUGUCACUGAUGGAAUUUGAUUGUUGCCAUCCUGUAGCCCAAGCCAGGCUGUGGUGGGAAGGAGGCACGCGACGGUGAAGCCUGCUUCUGCGGUGCCGCUUCUGCUCUCAAGCUCUUUUGUACAGAGAAGAGGGUUCAAGACUCCUAAGAAGCACAGCGGAACGGGAAUAAGAGCCUCGGCUCCUGCCUGAGGGAGAGGGGUCUCGGAGACAGCUGAGCCCAGCUCGCGGACUCCUUGCAGAACAAAGAAUGUCAUGGCACUAUUUACAAUUUUUUGAAAGUUUUAUUUUUUAUGUCUUUUUUUUUUUUAAUUUUCAGCAUGAGAAAUACUGUCUUAUGAUCAGCUGAAUUUUAUUAUCCUCCCUUGGAAACUUCAAGGUGGGGAGAGGUAGAGAGAGAAGAGGACUCUCUAGGAAGAUCAUUUGCUCCAGGCAUUAUGGCAAGACUGUUCUUUGGUCCUCACUGAGAGGGGAUGCAGCCGGGGAGCUGCAGACUGAGACAGAAUGACGUGCAGCUACGUGGAAUAACCUCUGGGGAGCACGGAGCUCUGAACAGCAGGCAGCUGCACAGCUCACCUCCUUUCUAGGAUUUGGGAGAGGAGGACCAAACCUAGUCUUGGGCAGCUGAGCUUUGCAACUGGAUUUGCAGGGUGGUCCUAGAUGCUUUUAACUUGGGCCCAAGGAAGGAAGAGCGUGUGAGCCAUUUGGAUGGCGCGGAGCCUUCUGCCAAAGGGAAUGGUUGCUGCUGCACUGGGGAGCAAGGGCUGCUCCGCUGAGGAGGCAUCCUUCCCUUAGCAAACACUGGAAGACAUCGCUGAGCCCCUUUAAGUGGAAGGAAGGUGGCAAAGCUGUUGCUGUAAGUGUUGCAGCAGUCCAUGGACCGAAGGUACUUGCUACAGUGAUCUCUGUCUUGCAGAGCUGUGGGACGUGCACUUUUAGCCUUUCUCUGGCUGUCUCCAGAAGCUGUGAACAAAGGGGCUUUCUGCUGAGCUGCGAAGGAUCCUGAUCAGGAGUUGCUGGGGCAUUAAGAUGCAUUUUUGGGGUGACUUGAAGCAAGAAACAGAUAACUGAGGGUUCUUCUGGAAUGGCAUCUGAUCUCUUCGAGCUUGCUUGCUGCUUCCUCCUCUCCCUGGGAUGUCCGUGGAACCACAGCAGUUGAGAAACAGUAAAGCCAAGAGAGGUGGUAGCUCUUGCUGUGUUUCUGGGCUUGGCACUGGCUGAAAUACCCCUCGACCCCUUCAAAUCCUGGUCUGCUGUCUCAUCUGCAACCGCAAAGAGUUUGCAUUUCAUGGUGAAGUUUAAAGUUUGCCGAGAAGUCUGGAGAAGCAUCUUUUCUCCUGUAUUUAAACGAACAAGUGUUCCUGCGCUCUCAGCUCCAUCCUGCAACAGUGUGGUCUGAAAAUGCGAUGCUGUGUGUGGCCUUGGUCCUCGGAUCGGGCUGUCGAUCUGAAGUCGGUGCCCUGCGAGCUGGCUGCAGUCACUCGGGAACCGCUAGGACUUUGGUCUUGCCCUGCAGAGAAUGAUCUAUGUCCUUGAAUUAGACACAGUCGUGUGGAUCUUAAAGCAGCCUGGAAAAAUUCUGAUUGUCUGCCUCUGCCAAGCGUUGCUUCAAAGGGUGCUAACAAAUCCUGCCCUCCCUCUCUUCACCAUCACCUCUGGCCUCAGUUUUGGUCUUGGAGAAAAAGUAUGGUUUUUUUUUUU